AGUCGCCUCGGUAAAGCACCUUUUUCCCCAUCCCCUUCUAUUCUUCUUCUUCUUUUGAGUAUUCUUCAUUGCCAAGCCGCCAAAGUGGAGAGUGUGAUUGCAGAAGGGGGUGCUUCUCGUUUCAGUGCUUCUUCGGGGGGAGGAGGUGGUAGGGGUGCACCUCAGCACUAUCCCAAGACUGUCGGCAACAGCGAGUUCCUGGGGAAAACCCCAGGGCAAAGCGCUCAGAGAUGGGUUCCUUCACGAAGCACUAGACGAGAUGUCAACUCCAGCAACUCCAGCAACGAAAAAGAGCGACACGAUGGGAUCUUCAGGAAAGUGAGAGGCAUACUCAACAAACUCACGCCUGAGAAGUUUGACAAGCUAUGCCUUGAGCUCCUGAAUGCGGGCGUAGAUUCAAAACUCGUCCUUAAAGGAGUCAUCUUGCUGAUUGUAGACAAAGCCCUAGAAGAGCCGAAGUAUAGCUCGCUCUACGCCCAGCUAUGUCUGCGCUUGGCAGAGGACGCACCAAACUUUGACGGCCCUUCAUCUGAGAUCCAGACAUCCCAAAAGCAGAGCACAACAUUUCGGAGACUUUUAAUUUCCAAGCUUCAAGAUGAAUUUGAAAACCGCACCAGAAAUGUCGAAGUCUACGACAAACAUGACAACCCUCUCACUUCCGAGGAGGAGGAGCAGCGCAACAUCGCCAAGAUCAAGAUGCUUGGCAACAUUAAAUUCAUCGGGGAACUUGGCAAACUCGACCUCAUCCAUGAAUCUAUCCUUCAUAAGUGCAUCAAAACGCUUCUGGAAAAAAAGAAGAGGGUCCAGCUCAAGGACAUGGGGGAGGAUCUGGAAUGCCUCUGUCAGAUAAUGAGAACCGUGGGGCCGAGACUCGACCAUGAGAAAGCAAGGUCUUUAAUGGCUCAGUACUUUGGCCGAAUGCGAUCCUUAAUGAACAACAAGGAGUUGCCUGCUAGGAUCCGCUUCCUGCUGCAAGACACGGUGGAACUACGUGAAAACCGCUGGAUCCCCCGUAAGGCCUUCAUCGACAACGGACCAAAGACGAUUAACCAGAUCCGCCAGGAUGCAGUGAAAGAUCUGGGUGUUUUCAUCCCAGCACCCAUGUCUCAGGGGAUGAGGAUGGACUUCUUCCUGGAAGGCCCUUUCUUGCCCAACAGAAUGAAGCUGGACAGGGAGACUCUCGGGGGAUUGGCCGACAUGUUUGGACAGAUGCCAGGCAGUGGGAUUGGAACGGGCCCGGGGGUCAUCCAGGACAGGUACUCGCCCACGAUGGGACGCCAUCGCUCCAACCCGCUCUUCAACGGCCACAGCGGCCACAUGGCCGCGCCUCCACAGUCCCAGUUCGACAUGGGCUCCAAGUCUUUCGCCAAGUCCAACCAGGCUCAGAACCAGCAUUUCCUCGGCCAGAGCCAGAACCACGGCGCCCAGCAGCAGGUCCAGUCCAAGGACACGCCUCCACGUUUCAGCAAGAAGGGACAGCUCAAUGCUGACGAGAUCAGCCUCAGGCCGGCGCAGUCGUUCCUCCUGAAUAAGAACCAGGUGCCCAAACUCCAGCCUCAGAUCCCCACCAUGAUGCCCCCCAGUGCCCAGCCCCCGCGCACCCAGACCCCCCCGCUCGGACAGCCUCCGCAGCUCGGCCUGAAGACCAACCCCCCACCCAUUCAAGAGAAACCUCAGAAGACGAACAAGAAACCCCCUCCUUCCCGGGAGGAACUUCUGAAAAUCACGGAGGCCAUCGUGACGGAGUACCUGAACACCAAACACCUGAGUGAGGCCGUGAGCGGCGUGAGAGAGAUGAAGGCGCCCAAGCACUUCCUGCCGGAGAUGCUCAGCAAGAUCAUCGUCUGCUCUCUGGACCGGCCCGACGAGGACAAGGAGCACGCCAGCACCCUGAUCCACGCGCUGCGCACCGAGGGCCUCGUCAGCGGGGAGAACUUCAUGCAGGCUUUCCUCACCGUCCUGGACCAGUGCCCCAAGAUCGAGCAGGACGUGCCCCUGGUGAAGUCCUACCUGGCCCAGUUCGCGGCCCGGGCUGUCAUGGCGGAGCUGGUGAGCGUGGCGGAGCUGGCCCACCCGCUGGAGAACGGCACCCACUUCCCCCUCUUCCUGCUCUGCCUGCAGCAGACGGCCAAACUGAAGGACCGCGAGUGGCUGACGGACGUCUUCCAGCAGAGCAAGGUCAACAUGCAGAAGAUGCUUCCAGAAAUCGAUCAGAACAAGGACCGCAUGUUGGAGAUCCUGGAGGGGAAGGGCCUGAGUUUCCUGUUCCCCCUGCUGAAGCUGGAGAAGGAGCUGCUGAAGCAGAUAAAAGCAGACCCCUCCCCACAGUCCAUCUACAAGUGGAUUAAAGACAACAUCUCACCCAAGCUCCACACCGACAAAGGCUUCGUCAACAUCCUCAUGACAAGCUUCCUGCAGUACAUCUCCCAGGAGCUCUGCAUGCCAGAGGUUGACGAGCAGCUGGCCGCGCCCCCCAAGGAGCAGCUGGAGCAGGAGAAGCAGCUGCUGCUGGCCUUCAAGCCCGUCAUGCAGAAGUUCCUGCACGACCACACCGAGCUGCAGGUCAGCGCCCUGUACGCGCUGCAGGUGCACUGCAACGCCAGCAGCUUCCCCAAAGGUAUGUUGCUGCGCUACUUUGUCAACUUCUACGACAUGGAGAUCAUUGAAGAAGAAGCCUUCCUCGCAUGGAAAGAAGACAUCACCCAAGAGUUCCCUGGAAAAGGAAAAGCCUUAUUCCAGGUAAACCAGUGGCUCACCUGGCUGGAGACGGCGGAGGAGGAGGAGUCCGAGGAGGAAGCCGACUGAGAAACCAGGCAGCCACUUUUUAUUAGCACUCGCCUUUUCUUUCUUUCUUUCCUUCCAUAAACACGUGCUUCAUUUAACCGCCGCGGCGCUCGGCUGCUUCCCGCUAGUAGAACCCGAGAGCUCGUCACCUGUAGGAUCCGUCGUCUUAUCAGAGGUUUGAUUUCUGAAUCUGUCCUGAUCUUCUACAUGAAUUCUUGAAGUCUAGCGUUGAUGAAACUUGUUUAGUUUUCCUUGUUUCUAUUUCCCGCCCUCGGGCUCGUUACUCGAUUUUUAAUCAAGGAAGAAGCAGAUUGAUUAUCUGAACCAACGAUGGUUAAAAGUGUAAAGCCAUCUUUUCUCAAAAAUCAAUGUGACUGUUUCAGGACGGGGUUAUUGAUAAAACGGCCCACUGAAACCAGAAUAAAGAAGGACCUGCAACCACUAAACGCCCCAGUAACGCAUGUUUCUGUGGUUUUCUCCCACCGGGAGGCUCUCCGGUCGUCUCUCGCGUGAUUGGUUACAGCAACGACCCCCCCACUUGUUACACAUUAGCUCUACCUCCGUCAGCUUCUUCACUUCUGCGCUCGGAUUAUGAUGAAAUCGAAAUCUUAGACCCGACGCAAACGAGUUUAUCCCAGUUUAACCGCGCUAUUCACGCUAGCACGCGCUUCCAAGGACACUCGUGGCCAUUUACGAGUUAUAUUCAACAUUAUUAUUGAUUGGGCAGCUCGGUGCAACGACGGGACGAAGUGACCUGUUUUUUUUUUUUUGUCUUUUGACGUUUCGGAAAAUGAGAUAAAUGACGAUUUGAAUUGGCGAAGUAACAGUUUAGACGGCUUGUAACCGAGUCAUUUAACCACGACAUGAUGAACAUUUUACCCCAAAAAGAAUCCUGCAGAAAAAAGAAAAGGCAUGUUUGUGUCGGACUAGAGAUCUGGAUUGUAAAGUAUUCAUGAUAACUGCACCUGUUGCCUGUUUAAUGUCAAUAAAGUCCAGUACACGAGCAGCAGAACUGUCGCUGGCUUUUAU